GUGCAGUGAACAGAGGGGCAUGGCUGUGAGAGCAUGUGGCCUGAUCAUCUACAGGAGGCUGCAGUCUAAGGUCACUGACGGUAUCGAGUACCUCCUCCUGCAGACAUCCUACGGGACCCAUCACUGGACCCCACCCAAAGGCCAUGUGGAUCCAGGAGAGGAUGACCUGCAGACAGCGUUCCGGGAAACACAGGAAGAGGCUGGUCUUGAGGCCAGCCAGCUCACCCUCAUAGAGGGGUACAAGAAAGAACUGCACUAUCCUGUCCAUGGCAAACCCAAGACCGUCAUUUACUGGCUGGCAGAAAUGAAAGACUGUAACGCAGAAAUCAAGCUCUCGGAGGAGCACCAAGCUUUCCAAUGGCUGAAGCUAGAGGAUGCUUGCAAAUUUGCAGAAUAUGAGGACAUGCAAGCGACACUGAAGGAAGUGCAUCAGUUUCUCUGCUCCAAAGAGUGAAAUACUUUUGUGAUGGAAACUUUAAGAAACAUGGCCAGCUUUUGUUUUUUUGUUUUUGUUUUUUUGUUUUUUAAAUCCAGGGGAAGAACUAUAUUGCUGUAGAAAUGUUGAUUUCUUUUUUGAAUCUGUACAAAUUCAGUGAAGAUACUUGGAGCUUUUAAAGAGCUGUGCUUUUUCUCCCCUAGCCAGUGCAAAAAAAGUGUGGUCCAAUUGAACUGUGAGCCAGAGAUGUCUGAAUUGAAACCCAGAGCUAACAAAGACUUCUCUGUCCCGUUUCUUUUCUCCUUUGUUUUUAAUCAAAGUGCUGAACAACCAGAGGUCCUUUUGAAAAAUCAAGCACUUGAUAUUUCUUGACUUGCUGAUGUAGAACUAGAGAUGAGAAAAUGAGCAGAUGGAGAUUUUUAGUAACAGUGUUUACUGCAGAAGUUACACCUUGCAUUUCAAAUGGGGAAGCAAUAAUUCUGUUCCCAUCUCUUCCACUGAUAUGCUGUCAUAACUGUUCAAAUCAUUUCAGGUCAUGUUUUUUUGUAUCAUGAAUGUAUGUACAUAUCUAAUGCAUCACUAUGAAAACAUUUGCCAUCCGAAGAGUCUUAGUAAAUGGUUGAUGUACAGUA